AGCGGCCCGACCGCCCGUCUCACCUGGCAUUCCGCCUCUUUUCGAAUUCUAUCUACUUACUUUCACGAGUUUCUUACACACUGGCAGCUAAGAAUGUUACGGAAAAAAAUAACAAAUUAGUAUUUUUGUUUGCGAGGAUUGCAAAGUCAUUGAUCUUAAUUUAAAUUAUAAUGGUUUUUUGGGAGUGAGUGAAGUUAGUUGAAAAGAAUGUUUUUGAACUUAUAAAGACAUACCGAGUGGUGUGUGUGCUUUUUAUACGGAUUGGUAAAAUGACAUAAAGAAUUCGGAUUUGCUAUGUGACACCGAAGUGGCGCAUGAUGUUGGACACUGAAGAGCUACUUCUGAAAGUGUCCGAAAUAACUGCCUCCUACAAUGACGUGACCAUCAGGACGACUGUCGAUGAAUAUGUAAAUGAAAGCGUUCCCACAAACUCGUCAUAUCUCGACCAGGAGGCAAUAUGUGCGGCGGUGGCCUCAGGAGAUUUCUUGACCUCACCACUAUUCCAAUCUUGUGUCUACAUUAUGUACUGUACAGUUUUCGUUGUGGCUUUACUAGGAAACGGACUAGUAUGUUUCGUUGUACAAACAUCGCCACGAAUGAAGACAGUGACGAACUACUUCAUAGUGAAUUUAGCUGUAGGUGAUAUUUUGAUGACAUUGUUCUGUGUGCCAUUUUCGUUUGUGUCAAUGUUAGUGUUAAGGUACUGGCCGUUUGGUGCUGUGAUGUGUAAAGUAGUGAAUUACUCUCAGGCUGUGUCGGUGAUGGUUAGUGCUUACACGUUGCUGGCUAUAUCGAUAGAUCGGUAUAUGGCUAUCAUGCGUCCGCUGAGGCCGCGGCUCGGCAAGGCGGCGGCGAAGCUGGUGGUGGCAGGAGUCUGGGGCGGGGCGCUGGCAACGGCUGCUCCCAUUCCGAUCGUGUCUCAAAUACAGAGGCCAACCGAGUGGCAUCGAUUUUGUGAAGCAGAUAUUUGCCUCGAACAGUGGGAACGGGCAGAGCAGAGCGAGCAGUACACGUGUGCCCUGCUCGCGCUCCAGUUCGUGCUGCCGCUGAGCGCGCUCGUGUGCACGUACGCGCGCAUCGCGCACGUGGUGUGGGGCGGGCGGCCGCCGGGGGAGGCGCAGACUCUCAGGGACUCUAGAAUGCAACGUUCUAAGAGAAAAAUGAUCAAAAUGAUGUUGACAGUGGUCGCGGUGUUCACCAUAUGUUGGCUGCCACUCAACGUGUUUAUUGUACUGUGGACGAUUCAUGAAGACGACAUAGCAUGGGCGGCGUGGCCGGGCAUGCCAUACGUGUGGUUCGCGUCGCACUGGCUCGCGAUGUCGCAUUCCUGCUACAACCCCAUCAUAUACUGCUACAUGAACGCUCGCUACAGGCGGGGGUUUAAACAGGCGCUAUGCUGUUUACUACGAGUGCGGUUCGAACAGCCGUCACGUUCGUGUCAUAGAUCCAGCAUGUGUGAUGGAGUGCCCAUGUCAGAAAUGGUGGGUGUGAACGGAAUGGCGCGCCGAGGGACCACCAGUAGCUGUGUCAGCCGGCUACACCGAGCCCCAACAUGCUCGUCUUGCGCCUCCUUCCGGAGAAAUGGCCUGCUGGCCGUCAACAACAGCUCGGGACCACCGACCAUGAGAAUAUGCACAACCCCACCUGUGCGAGCUCUUUCUGUCCGUACACACUUUAAUUAAUUUUAAAUUAAGGGUCAAUAUUAGUCAGGGUGUUCAUUCAUACGGCACAUUGUGUUAUGCAAAAUGAGCGUGUUUUAUACACGUCGACCGCAGCAUUUGAUGUGAUUAUUAGUUUCUCAACGAGUGGAUUCGGGAGCAGUGAUACUACAACGAUUCUUAUUUUUACGAAACGUUUAUAUGUUUACAUUCAAAUUAAUCGCAAGUAAAACUGAUAAACGUGCCUACUACAACACGACCACUUUUUUGUUAAUAACAAUAUUCUCAUUUUUGUGUGUUCAGGUUGCACUCCUCAUUACAUUUAAUGUAAGAGUUGGAAAAGUUUUUUAAUGAUUGGAAAUUUGUUAAGAUUUUGUUUUUACUUUAACAGUGUUUAAGUUGUCCGUGGUAGUCAAGGGUUACAAAAUGUUUUUUGACUACAAAUUCAGCAAUCCAAAUCCGUUGAUAUGAUCUUGACAUCAGUAAGUAAAAAAAAAUCAAAUAUUUCUCAGAAAACGUGAGGAAGUGAUUGUCAAUUUAAAUAGCAGAUCCCUGCAUUUAUUUCCGUAGCAUAUACUUGUCAAAUCUCAACAUAGAGCCGUUUUCACGUAGUGAAAUAAAAUGAAAUGGCCAAACAUAUGUGAAUGGCUCGCACGAUGAGGCACUAUGGGUCCCUUAGCUGGUACGAAUUUCCAAAAUAAAGGCAAUCCUAUUGUAAAGAUAUGAAGACUAUUUGUUCAAAGAAAUAUUUUUGUUGUGUAUUAGUGUUUUACAAGUUUAAGUAGUAUCAAAUUAUUGUAAUCAACCCAAGUUUAUUCGAAGAUUUGAAAAUAUUUUUUAUAUAUUCUAUGUAAUGAAACAUAGUGUUGAUAUAAUAUGAACUUUGGAUCUUGGAUUUUGAAAAUUAGUAACAUUUGAAAUAUUUACUCACUUCAACGACAGCGCAGUGAAAGAAAUGCUUCGGUAGAUGUCUCCUACAUAUAGGAGGAACCUCCUCAAAAAGAGGAUCGUUUUUAUAGGAAAAUUACUUCAGUGGUUUCAUUGUAUAUAUGUGUAGCGUUUUUUAUACUUGUGUGUAUGUACUAUAUACUUACCUACAUAGUGGCAUAGAAAUAAAUAUAAAAUGUGUUGUUAUACGAGUAUUACCUACUGUUUGUUUUAUUUUGUUUUUAUAAGGAUUGACUGAUUAUUGUAUUCUAUUUAACUUGUUUUGUAUAUACUAUGUAUAAAAUAAUGAACCAACAUAAGAACAUCGACCAUAUGUGUAGUAACUUUGAUUGUAUUAAAAAAAUAUAUAUUUGACGUA